AAAAGAGUCUAGACGUAGUUUGUAUUGAUUUCAAUACAAUAUUCUAAGCUCACAUACAGCAUUCCGAGGAAGAUGGUUGCAGUUGAUUUCAUAAACAAUCAUGGGAUUUUGUUGUUAUGUUGGACAAUUAUAGUCACAGAAGCGAUAAUGAGCCCGACACCUACAUGUAAUGAACGGAUUCAGAACGCUCAGAAUACACUGGAAUCACUGUCGACCCUUGAGGAAGAAUGUAAUGUUGAACUCGGCUAUCCAAGAGAAGAAACACCAGAUGAUGAACCCGAUAGGAUGUUAACAAUUAUAGAAGGUUUAAAGAACGCCAUUGAUCGCAUGACAAACUGCACAUGCGCAAGAAAGGAGAACGGUCACCAUGGCUAUACUGUUCGAUCGCAUUAUGAAGCAUUUGACUAUCCUGUGAUUUUCGUGGAUGAUGCUGUGCGCUGGAAGCUAUUUUGGUGGUUCAAGUCGAAUUCAACAUGGCCUGCACUGGUCAGCGAUGUCUUACAAGAUAAGUACGGGGACUGCGAUGUUGGUGCCCCUUACUGCUUCAGUCGCCUGCCAGAAGUCCUGCAAGAACGUGUAGCUGAGUUGCUCGCUGUAGAUUCCGAUGGAAACGUGUACAGAUGGAAGUUUGACCCUGAAAACAAUGUGGCCCAUGCGGUAUGGAGAGCGUUCCACGAUCACGAAUAUGUGAAAGUCACCAACGGAAACCCAUGGAAUCCGAAAGUAGUGAGCGGAACUGCACCAAAGGCAACACAAGAUAGUUUCCACUAUCGUAUGGAACAUGGUGUGGCGUCUUUACAAAUCGAUGACGACAACUGCGAUUGCAUGACGUCACUAAGUAUGGGCCACGGCAUGUGUGGGGACGGAUUUAGCACAACAUAUGGGCCAGAAAACGUGUUCGGCGUUGACUUGUUGUAUGAUCAUUAUUGUCAAACGCCUUCGCCUAAAAACGGUCUGCGCUUAUAUUUCCGAGAUGAUGACGACUGCAUCAAUGUCACGUGUCCACCUGGUCUGCAAUGUAAAGAUGGCGUGCAUUCUUACACAUGUCGAUAA